GGAGUCGGUGUUCCACUGUUAAGGUUCCCCGACAGCCGGUGGCGACGCGGGUCUGGGCCAGCGGGGUUCGUUCCAGGACCGGGUGGGUUUGUACCUGCGCGCCGGCUCCGCCGGCUGCUGUGGGGUCCCCGCUCCCCGCUGGGCGGCUGGGCCUUUGGGGACCGCCCCCUGAGGAUCCUCCCGCGUCGACCUCCAGGACCGCGUCCCGGGGCUCCUGGAAGAUAAGACUCGAAAAUAGGGCAAGUUGCAAGCGCUGCUUGAGGACCAGGCUUUUUCACCGCCGAGGAUCUCCUGAUCUGCGCUUUAGCCGCGAGAGAGGUCUUGGUCCCGCUCUUUACAGAGGAAGAAACUCGGGCCGGGAAAGGUGAAGUCAGCUGACCGGUCAUGCGGCCGGGAGCUGCCAGAUUUAGAUUCGGAGCGAGUCAGGCUGGCGCCCGAGCUCUCGGCGUUUGCCUUCUGCGGGGUUCUCGAGCUUUAUGUGGGGGAAGAACCCCGGGGUGGAAGGUGGGCUUGCUUAGCAGUUUCUGGGCCACAACAUCGGUUAGGUCUGGGUUGGGGCUCUGAAAUCUCUCUUUUCAGCAGCUGUGCCCUGGCCCAUAACAGCGUACUUCUCCCUUGGGAACAGAGCGAGGACUACAGCUACGGGUGUUCAGAGCUUUUGACCCUCCCGUUGAGAGAAAGUAAAUAUACCCUCGUGUGGUUUUAAUCAGGAAUGAAAUCUGAAAGCUAAGAGCAGAAGCGUUUUUGGUCAAUAUGGAGGACAAAAGACAGCGAGCCCGAGUGCAGGGAGCCUGGGCUGGUCCCCUUAAGAGCCAGGCCCCUGCUCAGCCAGCCCCCCCUGCUAAGAGCCGUCUCCUCCAGAGACCUGGUCACACAUGGAUGAGCAAGGAGCGUCACCUUUCAGACAGACAGUUUGUGUUCAAAGAACCCCAGCAAGUAGUACGCAGAGCUCCAGAGCCACGAGUAAUUGACAAAGAGGGUGUGUAUGAAAUCAGCAUGUCACCCACAGGCACAUCUAGGGUGUGUUUGUAUCCUGGCUUUAUUAACUUAAAAGAAGCUGACUGGGUAUUGGAACAGCUUUGUGAGGUCGUUCCCUGGAAACAGAGGACUGGCAUCAGAGACGAUGUAACUUACAAGCAACCAAGACUUACAGCAUGGUAUGGAGAACUUCCUUACACUUAUUCAAGAAUCACUAUGGAACCAAAUCCUCACUGGCAUCCUGUGCUGCGCACACUGAAGGACCAAAUCGAAGAAAACACUGGCCACACCUUCAACUCCUUGCUCUGCAAUUUGUACCGAAACGAGAAGGACGGUGUUGACUGGCACAGCGACGAUGAACCUUCGCUAGGGAGAUGUCCCGUCAUCGCUUCACUGAGCUUUGGUGCCACACGCACUUUUGAGAUGAGAAGGAAACCCCCACCAGAAGAGAACGGAGACUACACGUACGUGGAGAGAGUGAAGAUACCCUUGGAUCAUGGGACCUUGUUAAUCAUGGAAGGAGCGACACAAGCUGACUGGCAGCAUCGAGUGCCCAAAGAGUACCACUCUAGAGAACCAAGAAUAAACCUGACCUUUCGGACAGUUUAUCCAGACCCUGGAGGGGCGCACUGGUGAUGUGAGAGCUUUGAGAGAGAAGCUGUGCCAAGACUGAGCAAAUCUUCCACCGUGAAGAAACUUCCAGAGGCUGGUCCAGCUGAUCUCGCAGGGAGGUUGUUCAGAAGACAAGGGUGGGAUUUGCUUCCCAGCUUCAGAGUCCUAUUGAAUGACAGCCGGCGGGUCAUAUUCAUACUAUGUUUACUGUGGGAACAGUACCCCUAAUCACAUCUUAAAAUCACAGAGCUUCUUUAGGCAAAUUAAAAACUGCUGUGGCUGUGCUCACGGUGGGUUUGUCCUUGA